GCGCGCCGGUUCCGGCACAUUUGGGUCCGGACUGUCUGAGCGUCACGCAUCUCACCUCGGUUUUUGGGACGCUGGACCCGGGCUAGUGACCGGCCAUGUCGCUGUCCCACCUGUAUCGGGACGGGGAAGGCCACAUGGAUGAUGACGAGUACGAGCGGGAGAACUUUGAGAUCACCGACUGGGAUCUGCAGAAUGAGUUCAACCCCAACCGGCAGCGCCACUGGCAGACCAAGGAAGAGGCCACCUACGGAGUGUGGGCAGAGCGAGACUCGGAUGAAGAGAGGCCCAGCUUUGGAGGCAAACGGGCCCGUGACUACUCCGCGCCAGUCAACUUCAUCAGCGCUGGACUCAAGAAAGCGGCUGCCGAGGAUGCGGAGCUGCAAGAUUCCGAAGAUGAAGAGAAACCUGUGAAGCAGGAUGAAUUUCCUAAGGAUUUCGGACCAAAGAAGUUAAAAACGGGUGGCAAUUUUAAACCCAGCCAGAAAGGUUUUGCUGGAGGAACCAAAUCUUUCAUGGAUUUUGGCAGCUGGGAAAGACAUACAAAAGGAAUUGGACAGAAGCUUCUUCAGAAGAUGGGCUACGUCCCUGGAAGGGGCCUCGGGAAGAACGCACAAGGUAUCAUCAACCCCAUCGAAGCCAAGCAGCGGAAGGGGAAAGGCGCCGUGGGAGCCUACGGCUCAGAGCGCACCUCUCAGUCCCUGCAGGACUUCCCCACGGCCGACUCUGAAGAGGAAGCCGAGGAGGAGUUUCAGAAGGAGCUGAGCCAGUGGAGGAAAGACCCCAGUGGAAGCAAGAAGAAGCCCAAAUACUCCUACAAGACGGUGGAAGAGUUGAAGGCCAAGGGCAGGAUUAGCAAGAAGCUCACCACUCCCCAGAAGGAGCUUUCCCAGGUCAAGGUCAUCGACAUGACCGGCCGGGAGCAGAAGGUCUACUACAGCUACAGUCAGAUCAGCCACAAGCACAGCGUGCCCGACGACGGGCUGCCGCUGCAGUCCCAGCAGCUGCCCCAGCCCGGCCGAGAGACCAAGGCCCCGGGCUUCGCGCUGCCCGAGCUGGAGCACAACCUGCAGCUGCUCAUCGACCUCACAGAGCAGGAGAUCAUCCAGAACGACCGGCAACUGCGCUACGAGCGCGACAUGGUGGUCAACCUGUCCCAUGAGCUGGAGAAGAUGUCAGAGGUCCUGGAGCACGAGGAGCGGGCCAUCUCCAACCUCAGCAAGGUCCUGGAGAUGGUGGAGGAGUGCGAGCGGCGCAUGCAGCCCAGCUGCAGCCACCCACUCACCCUGGACGAGUGCGCCCGCAUCUUCGAAACCCUGCAGGACAAGUACUACGAGGAGUACCGCAUGUCUGACCGCGUGGACCUCGCCGUGGCCAUCGUCUACCCGCUCAUGAAGGAGCACUUCAAGGAGUGGGAUCCCCUCAAAGACUGUACUUACGGCACCGAGAUCAUCUCCAGGUGGAAAAGACUCCUGGAGAAUGACCAGCUCCUGUCUCAUGGUGGGCAGGACCUGUCCGCAGACGCCUUUCACAGGCUGAUAUGGGAGGUCUGGAUGCCUUUUGUUCGAAACAUUGUCACCCAGUGGCAGCCAAGGAACUGUGAGCCGAUGGUGGACUUUCUGGAUAGCUGGGUGCACAUCAUCCCCGUGUGGAUCCUGGACAACAUACUGGACCAGCUCAUCUUCCCCAAGCUGCAGAAGGAGGUGGAAAACUGGAACCCGCUGACGGACACUGUGCCCAUCCACUCCUGGAUCCACCCGUGGCUUCCCCUCAUGCAGGCGCGCCUGGAGCCGCUGUAUUCCCCCAUCCGCAGCAAGCUGUCCAGCGCCCUGCAGAAGUGGCACCCGAGCGACGCCUCUGCCAAGCUCAUCCUCCAGCCCUGGAAAGACGUCUUCACCCCUGGCUCCUGGGAGGCUUUCAUGGUGAAGAACAUAGUGCCCAAGCUGGGGAUGUGUCUUGGCGAGUUAGUCAUUAACCCUCACCAGCAACACAUGGAUGCUUUUUACUGGGUCAUCGACUGGGAAGGGAUGAUCUCUGUCUCCAGCCUGGUGGGGCUUCUUGAAAAGCACUUCUUCCCCAAGUGGCUUCAGGUGCUGUGCUCCUGGCUCAGUAACAGCCCAAACUAUGAGGAGAUCACCAAGUGGUACCUGGGCUGGAAGUCCAUGUUCUCAGACCAAGUGCUGGCACACCCAUCCAUCAAGGACAAGUUCAACGAAGCACUUGAUAUCAUGAACAGGGCGGUGUCCUCCAACGUUGGUGCCUACAUGCAGCCCGGAGCGCGGGAGAACAUCGCCUACCUCACCCACACGGAGCGGAGGAAGGACUUCCAGUACGAGGCGAUGCAGGAGCGGCGGGAGGCCGAGAACAUGGCCCAGAGGGGCAUCGGUGUGGCCACCAGCUCCGUGCCCAUGAACUUUAAGGACCUCAUCGAGACCAAGGCUGAGGAGCACAACAUCGUCUUCAUGCCCGUCAUCGGGAAGAGACACGAAGGGAAGCAGCUCUACACCUUCGGCCGAAUCGUCAUCUAUAUUGACCGGGGAGUGGUGUUUGUGCAGGGCGAGAAGACCUGGGUGCCCACCUCCCUGCAGAGCCUGAUUGACAUGGCCAAGUAGGCUGCGCGCCUGGACCUGGGGGGACACGUUUGUGAAUAAACAGUGUUUUAAACAAUCUUUGAAAGAGUAGCUUCUCUCUCCAGGAGCUACUCCCUGUCCGGCCAGGUCACCGAGGAACGAAGGAUGUAAAACAUGAUAAUGCUACUUUAGAAACAUGUCAAACUUUAUACCAAGUCCCUCUACUGGCCUGGCGUCCUCUAAACAGGAGAGCCAAGUUGAGGGAUUUCCUGUUCGCUCCGAAAUUUGGCCCACUGACUGUGGAGAAAGUUCUCUGCGGUCCCUCCAUGGCCACGACCCCUUUAGUCUCUGGCGGCAGCUGCUUCCGCCUCAGCCCACACUGAAUACAUUACAGCGAGUUUGAGUCAGUAGCUGAAGGAUCCUGUGUCUUGUUCCUGAUGAUUUCAAGGUCCUCACAGUCCCGAUAGUCCGGUUCUUCCCGAAACGCCCACGUGGGCGCCGAGAGUUGGCUGAGCUUUUGGACAGGGAACCAGUGGACAGCGGUGUCGUUAAACAUGUCCGUGUACUGGGAAGUCAGAGGAAACUCCUGCUCCUCCAGUCCUUGUAAAAUCUGAGCACGACAAUUCAAACAUAAAAAAGUAUAAAAUUGAUAGUCGCAGUGAACCCCACUCUACUGGGUUAUAUUUUGGUUUUACUGGUCACCCUACCCCAUGUUGUCCUUUAGAAAAAAAAAUAGGAAUAGGAUAUUUUAAGUGCUUCUGUGGAAUGCAUUGGAAGCUCCAAGGGCAGUGAUUACAUUGGAAUGUGAUACUGAAAAUAAAGGAAAUUAGGAAAAAA